GGGGAAACGUUCCAAGAGUGACACUCCGUCAGCAGCAGGCACAGACCUGAUUCAGACUUCUGCCUGCCUGACCUAACGUAGCAGUCGUAAAAUUACACAGACACAACAGCGGAGACUGAAGAACCGUGGAAAACUACCCACACGACCAUGGAGUGCCGUGGCGCCCUCACCCGUUAGAGAAAGAGAAAGACGGGUGAGAAAGAGAGAGAGAGGGGAGGAGAAAGAGAGAGAGAGGGGAGGAGAAAACGACCAGCCGGUUCGCCGGUGCUAAAACACUCCACGCUGUGCACAAGGACACCGGGACAGAAAUGCCCCCCAAAGACAUGCGAGACAUUAGAGUGCCAGUUUAUCGGGAGUGAUCCGCAAAGAGACGGGUUUGUGUCACUCACUGGUAGGAGGAGAUUCGGAGUCAAACAAAAGGGAUUGAUUUUCCAUAAGCUCCCAAACUGGAAAACUUUGCGGCGGUCGGUGAGGCUGAAACAUGGCUUUGUCAGCGCGGAGUUGGGUCGCGAACGAGGGAGGAAAACACCUGGUUCUGGUGCUGUGGCUGGGUGCUAACACCUUGCUGUUUAUGAGGACGUUCCUAUUGUACUACUGUGGGCAGCAGUAUCACUACCUCCAUCAGAUGCUCGGGCUAGGGCUGUGUAUCAGCAGGGCGUCUGCAUCAGUACUCAAUCUGAACUGCAGUCUGGUGCUGCUGCCUAUGUGUCGCUCUCUACUCACCUACCUCAGAGGAACACACACGGUGACAAGCAGAAAGGCCCGCAGGCUUCUGGACAAGAGUAAGACCUUCCAUGUGGCGUGUGGAGUAGCCAUUUGUGUAUUUUCCGUUGUGCACGUAUCAGCUCAUCUGGUCAACGUGGUCAACUUCAGCGUCAGGUACUCAGAAGAGUUCCCUUCUCUCAACGUUGCUCGCUACAGGGGAGAGGACCCCAGACUCAUCAUUCUGACUACAGUCCCGGGGAUCACUGGUAUCCUAUUGGUCCUCAUCCUCUUCCUGAUGUUCACUGCCUCUUCCUACUGCAUCAGGGUGUCCAACUAUGAGAUAUUCUGGUACACCCACAACCUCUUCAUAGUGUUCUACAUCAUACUGAUUGUGCAUGUGGUCGGUGGUGCUCUGAAGUACCAGACCAACUUUGAGGCCCACCCCCCUGGCUGCCUCAGAGCCAAUCAGACUAACCCGGACAAGACGGAGGAGGAGUCAGGACAGGCUGAAGGAGAUGGAUGGAGCUGCAGGGAGGAGGCUCGGUUCCAACCCAACUCACCUGAGACCUGGCUGUGGGUGUCUGGUCCUCUGUGUCUCUACUGUGCUGAGAGGCUAUAUCGUUACAUUCGGAGCAACUCCCCCGUCACCAUAGUUGCUGUCGUCAGACAUCCCUGUGACGUCAUCGAGCUGCGCAUGCUGAAGAGGGACUUUAAAGCCCACCCGGGGCAGUACAUUGUACUAAACUGUCCCAGUGUGUCAUCAUUUGAAAACCAUCCCUUCACUCUGACUGCGUGUCCCACGGAGAAGAAAGAAACUUUAGGAAUACAUCUCAGAGUGGUGGGAGACUGGACUGAACGUUUUACAGAGCUAUUGCUUCCUGAUCCGGGAGCCGAGUCAGAGAUCCUACCCAUGGUGCAACAGAGGAGAUACCCAAAGCUGUACGUGGAUGGUCCGUUUGGCAGUUCGUCACAGGAGGUAUUUAACUACGAGGUCAGUCUGUGUGUGGCGGGUGGGAUCGGAGUCACACCAUUCGCCUGCGUUCUGCACGCCCUGCUGGAUGGCUGGAGGCAUUUCCGUCUCAGGAGGCUAUACUUUGUGUGGGUGUGCAGGGAGCUGCAGUCCUUCUACUGGUUCGCUGAGCUGCUGUGUGCCUUACAUCACAAGCUGUGGAAGGAAAACAGACCUGACUAUCUGAACCUACAGCUCUUCGUCAGCCAGACAGAUGGACUUCAGAACAUCUCUGAGGAGAGGUACCGCCCCCUGAGUUCCCGGCUGAUGAUUGGCCGACCGAGGUGGAAGUUGCUCUUUGAGGAGAUUGGGAGGACCAAUAAGCAUAAGCGGGUGGGGGUGUUCUGCUGUGGGCCUAAAGGCAUCUCCAGGACUCUGCACAGACUGUGUAACUCAGACCGCUAUUCAGGAACCACGUUUGAGUUCAACAAAGAGUCCUUCAGCUGAGACCAGAUCCCCCUCACCGUGACCCCUAACCAUAGGCUCUGACCCCUGACCCCAGACUCACAUUGAGACAGAUGACUUGAACCUACCAUGAAGUGACUCACUCUCCUUCCAUCAGAGAGAAGCAUCUCACACUCACUGGUGUUGAGUGACGUCAUCAGCGGGCAACUGGGACUUGUUCACGAACCAAGAAGAACUGGUUGUAAGCCACCAUUUUGAGAGAACACUGCCAUAUUGCUUGCCUCACACAAACGCAGCCAUUUCAAAUGGUGGAGAAGUGCCAUGGGGUAGGGCCGAGGGGUUGAUUUGGGAUGGGGUUACCCUUUCUGUGUGAGGGCAUCAGGGCCUCGGGGCCUAGGGACAACCUUUUGCCACUCUGUAAGGGACUGUACAGGAAUUAGUAGUUAGCUCUGGACUACAGAGAGAUGCUGUACAACAACCUGAUGUCUGUUAUCACUUUCACUACCCUUCCUUCCUUCCUGUGCAAUCAUUUAAACUUUAAAUCCUCUAUGUAUUCAAAUGGAGUCAAAGCAAACUCAACCACUUCUGGUGCCAGUAUUUUAGUAAUUGUUUUAUAUUUCAAUUAUUUAUAUUGUUUAAAGUUACUAGAUGUACUUUCCUCUCAUAGUGCUUCACCAUUUCUUCUAAUGUGUCCCAUUUAAGACUGAACAACAAAACAGCUUUACACUUUACCAAACCAUACAUAUUUACCAUUGAUUAAGUAUUGAAGAAAUAUAUACAGUAUAUAUAUUUAAUUGUUUCUGAAUAAUGUUUUUUUGGAUGUUGGAUUGUUUUGAUGAGAGCAAAGCACAACCCUAAUUAAAAUAGGUUUUAUACAGA